GCACAACGUCGAGUGGCCACUGACUGUUACUACAAGUCCACUUCUUGCUGGAGGGGGGUCUCGCUUCGCUUCCGAUCUUCGGACCAUUAAACGCACGCUCCUCUCCACAACCUUUAAUUGACUGACACUACUGCCAAGAGGAAGUUGCAUCCGAUUUGGAGUGUUGUACCUGUACCCGACUGCGCUCUGGCUUUUCUUCACGUUUAUUUUCUUGUUUGAGAUGACGCGGUAGAGAAAAAGACAGAGAAAGAAGAAGAUCCUGUCCUGCUCUUUAAUGAGUGUCACAAAUGCCAAAUCUAUCUAGUAAGCAAUGGACAAAAGGAAGCUAAUAUGAACUUUUGUCAACUCAAAUGAUUUCAGCCUAGAUUUCUCCUGGCUACAGUCUACUUAUCUGCUUGAUUGGCUAAAGCAAGCUGAAUAUGCCCCGAAGUCCCACAUCGAGUGAAGAUGAGAUGGCACAGAGUUUUUCUGACUACUCAAUGGAAUCCGAAUCUGACAGCUCUAAAGAAGAAACUAUCUAUGACACCAUAAGAGCCACCGCUGAAAAACCAAGCAGCAGAAUGGAAGAUAUACAAAACAAUACUCUUGUUAUCCGUAUUAUUAUGCCAGAUCUUCAGCAAACGAAAUGUAUGAGAUUCAAUCCAGAUGCCACAGUGUGGGUUGCUAAGCAGAGGAUUCUAUGUACUCUGAACCAGAGUUUAAAGGAUGUCCUCAACUAUGGCCUCUUUCAACCUGCUAGCAAUGGCCGAGAUGGAAAGUUCUUGGAUGAAGAACGGCUGCUCAGAGAAUAUCCCCAGCCCGUUAACAAAGGAGUUCCUUCUCUGGAGUUUCGAUACAAAAGGAGAGUCUAUAAGCAAGCAAACAUUGAUGAAAAGCAGUUGGCCAAACUUCAUACGAAGGCCAACUUACGGAAAUUUAUGGAUCACAUCCAACAUCACCAGAUGGAUAAAAUUAUCAAGAUGCUUGAAAGAGGCCUUGAUCCCAAUUACCAUGAUCCUGAAACUGGCGAAACCCCUCUUACAUUUGCAGCCCACCUUGACAACACUGUCGAAGUCAUUAAAGCUUUGAAAAAUGGCGGUGCUCAUUUGGACUUCAGAGCAAAAGAUGGAAUGACAGCAUUACAUAAAGCAGCCCGAUCCAAAAAUCAAGUUGCCUUAACGACACUUUUGGAACUGGGAGCUUCUCCAGAUUAUAAAGACCGUCGUGGACUAACAGCCUUGUACCAUACAGCAAUGGUGGGAGGUGACCCGUACUGUUGUGAGUUACUGUUACAUGAACAUGCUACUGUCAGCUGUAAAGAUGAAAAUGGAUGGCAGGAAAUUCACCAGGCCUGUCGGUAUGGUCAUGUGCAACAUCUGGAGCAUCUGCUGUUCUAUGGGGCUGACAUGAGUGCUCAGAAUGCUUCUGGAAACACAGCAUUGCACAUCUGUGCACUUUAUAAUCAGGAUAACUGUGCUAGAGUUCUGCUGUUCCGAGGAGCAAACAAGGAUAUCAAGAACUACAACAGCCAAACCCCAUUCCAGGUUGCUAUCAUAGCUGGAAAUUUUGAACUGGCAGAGUUUAUCAAGAAUCACAAAGAGACAGAUAUUGUGCCUUUUCGGGAGGCACCAACUUAUUCUAAUCGACGAAGGGGACCCCAGAAUACUCUUGCUACCCCCCGGGUCUUACUGCGUUCCAAUAGUGACAACAACCUGAAUAUCAACAACCUCCCGGACUGGUCGGCCUCUUCCUCUGCAUCUUCACACCGCAGCCUUUCACCACAAUUGCUUCAGCAGAUGCAGAACAACCCCAAUGGCACAGUAAAGACAGUCGGGAGUGGCGCCCGUGGUCCUCGCAGCCGCUCACCUUCAUUAAACCGACUGGGAGAAGAGGUCAAGAGGCAGCCCCACAGGCAAAUAAGUCCUAAUGCCAAUAAGGAGACAGUUUCAGGCCUGGAUUUUCAAGGACCAAAGCGUAAACUAUACAGUGCUGUGCCAGGAAGGCAUUUUAUAGUUGUGAAGCCAUAUCAACCACAAGGAGAUGGAGAGAUACCGCUAUACAAGGGAGACCGGGUAAAAGUGAUCAGUGUUGGAGAAGGAGGUUUCUGGGAAGGCAGUGCCCGGGGUCAUGUGGGCUGGUUUCCUGCAGAAUGUGUGGAAGAAAUCCAGUCCAAGCCCAAUGAAAGUAAACCAGAAACUCGAACGGAUAGAACAAAGAAACUGUUUAGACAUUAUACCGUUGGAUCGUAUGACAGCUUCGAUGCAUCAAGUGACUGUGUUAUUGAUGAGAAGACAGUGGUCCUGCAGAAAAAAGACAAUGAAGGAUUUGGAUUUGUGCUGCGAGGGGCCAAAGCUGACACCCCGAUUGAAGAGUUCACUCCUACCCCUGCCUUUCCUGCACUGCAGUAUCUGGAGUCAGUUGAUGAAGGUGGGGUCGCAUGGCAAGCUGGACUCAGGACUGGAGACUUUCUCAUUGAGGUCAAUGCUGACAAUGUCGUCAAAGUUGGCCACCGGCAAGUUGUCAACAUGAUUCGGCAGGGAGGAAAUCACCUGGUUCUCAAGGUGGUCACAGUCAGCAGGAAUAUGGAUCCUGAGGACACUGCCCGGAAGAAAGCACCGCCUCCUCCAAAGAGAGCGCCAACAACUGCAUUGACCUUACGGUCUAAGUCUAUGACCUCGGAGCUUGAGGAACUAGUGGAUAAAGCCACAAUGAGGAAAAAGAAGGGUGAUGAUCAGCCUUCAAAUAUUGAGGGUCUGAAGAAGAGGAUUAUUUUUCAAGUCACACUAAAUAAAGUGGAUGAAAUCAUGCCAAUAUCCAAGCCUCGAAACACAGCCGAUAAUGUAUCGGUAGAUAUGAGAGUUGCAACAAUCAAGCAACGUCCGUCCAGUAGGUGUUUUCCUGCUGCUACAGACAUGAAUUCACUCUAUGAUCGACAGGGUAUAGCUGUAAUGCCUCCGACCGUGCCGGGCAGUCCAAGAAGUCCUUACCUGGGAGUACCACGAGGCACAAUGCGACGCCAGAAAUCUAUAGGAAUAACUGAAGAGGAGAAGCAAUUUCUCACACCACCUUUGCUAAAAUUUACCCGGAGCCUUUCAAUGCCAGACACAUCAGAGGAUAUUCCACCCCCUCCAGCAACUUCGCCUCCAUCUCCUCCCUACAAUACCCCCAAGUCACCAACAGCAAGAAGCUAUGGCACAAUUAGGCCGGGUUUCACCCAAAAUUCUACACCAAAAGGUCCUGGGCCCAACAGAUCUGAAAAUAUAGGCACUAUCCGAAGAGAUAAAGGAAUGUAUUACAGGCAAGAUUCUGAACAAUAUGAUGCAGAUGAGGCUUACAAGCAAAAUGCUUCUAAUCAGCAAAACUUUAGAAACAGAAGGGCCCAGAUGCCAGAAAACCCAUAUUCAGAAGUUGGGAAGAUGGGAAACAAAGCAGUUUAUGUGCCUGCAAAGCCAGCUAGACGGAAGGGGACAUUGGUAAAACAAUCCAAUGUGGAAGACAGCCCUGAAAAAACUUGUUCAAUUCCAAUCCCAACAAUCAUUGUCAAGGAGCCAUCUACCAGCAGCAGUGGGAAAAGCAGCCAGGGAAGCAGUAUGGAGAUUGAUACCCAAAUGUCAGAACAUCCGGGGCAGCUCAGACCUGAAGAUAAUUUAAAUUUUAGCAGUCCUUUCGCAGCUGCAAUUGCUGGUGCAGUAAGAGACAGAGAGAAAAGGCUAGAAGCCCAAAGAAAUUCACCAGCUUUCCUUUCAACAGAUUUGGGAGAUGAAGAUGUGGGACCUACACCAGCCCCUAGACUAAGACAUUCCAAAUCAAUUGACGAAGGAAUGUUUAGCAAUGAUGAACGUUUGAGAACUCUUAUGGCUUCUAACCUGCUAGCCCUUCCUCGUGGAAAUGUGACAGCCUUCAGCAGUCCAGAACCUACCUAUCCAAAAGAACCUAUUAACACAAGGACAGUGAAUGCUCCUUCUAAAGGUGAGACCACUGAAGUAAGUACUGGAGCUGAUAAAAGUUAUAAUUCUAAUGGAAAUAAUUAUGUGCAUCCAGUCACUGGCAAGUUGCUUGAUCCCAAUUCUCCUUUGGCUCUUGCUUUGGCUGCAAGAGACAGAGCAAUGAAGGAGCAAACACAAGUGGCUCCUGCAAAGAAUGAGCCUGGAAAGGCAGACCUUAACAAGCCACUUUUUAUUGACACUAAGAUGAGGUCCAACAUGGAAACUACUUUCCCUGUAACAGCCACUAUAAGUCGGCCAAAUCAAAGGGCUGCACUCAAAAGGCAAGCAACGGAGGCCAAAUAUGAAUGUGAACCAGCAAAAGAGGAGAAGAAGCCAGAGGAGAAGAUGAACAUGUUGAUCAACAUUGUAGAUACCUCACAGCAGAAAUCAGCAGGGCUAUUAAUGGUUCACACAGUGGAUGGAGCUAAAACUGAAGAGAACAGCUUGUCAGAAAGUGAAAAGGAGGAAGCUGUGACAGCAGACAAUGCUCCAUCAGAGCUACGUGACACUAGCCAGGCAGCAAUUGAGCCCAGUCCACCUGUGGUGAACCCUCCAGUCAGUUUGGCCUCUACAAAAACUAUAAUCACUAUCAGCUCAGUCGAUGAACCAGUUGUGCUACCCUUCCGUAUACCCCCUCCUCCUCUGGCAUCAGUAGACAUUGACGAGGAGUUUGUUUUUACUGAGCCAUUGCCUCCACCACUGGAGUUUGCAAACAGCUUUGACAUUCCCGAAGAUCAAGCGGCAACUCCUUUAUUAGUGGACCUGCUAAAGCAAAGGAAAAAUGGGGCAGCUGGUCCCACAUUAACAGCGUACAAUCCCCAUGCAGUUGCUGUAGCGGUGGCUACGGCUACAGCAAACACUUUAGAAAGCAAGAAGUCAGUUAGUCUUUCGAACUGCAUGCCGCCAACAUUUGUGCCACCCCCAGAGAAUUUUGAUAAUGUUGCAGACUCUGGGAUUGAGGAAGUGGAUAGCAGGAGCAGCAGUGACCAUCAUUUGGAAACAACCAGCACUAUCUCAACAGUGUCCAGUAUUUCCACCUUGUCUUCCGAGGGUGGGGAGAACCUGGAUACCUGUACUGUCUAUGCAGAUGGGCAAGCAUUUCUGGUUGACAAGCCUCCCGUACCUCCAAAACCAAAAAUGAAGCCCAUAAUUAACAAAAGCAAUGCACUUUAUAAGGAUGCCCUAAUUGAAGAAAACAUUGACACUUUUGUGAUUCCUCCCCCGGCACCUCCUCCACCCCCAGGGGGUGCUCAGACAGACACUGCUAAGUCCCCACAGCAAAGGACCUCAAAACUUUGGGGUGACCCACCAGAUGUUAAAAGCCCCCCUACCCCCGACCCCAAGGCAAAUGUAAUUAGCGAACUCAAUUCAAUAUUACUACAAAUGAAUCGAGACAGGACUUCCAAGCCAGGAGACGCAUUGGAUUCUCCAACAGGGUCCAGAAGCACAAACUUUGGAGUAAGGGGUGCAGAUGGACCAAUUUCAGCCUCAGGUACACAGCGCACCACUAUGGUCACCUUUACGGUCCGGCCAGGAGCAAACCAGCCAGUGACCAUACAGAGCAGGAACUCAGAGAGCAAGACAGUGACACGGAGGGCACCCAGUCCUGUUGUCUCCCCAACCGAGAGCAACAAAGAUGUCAGAGCUUCAUCCCUCCCUCCUUCCGUCUCCUCUCCCACACUGACGGAUGUCUUUGCUAUCCCAAGCCCUCAAGCACCUGGGGAAAGGUUCAGCCUUGGCUCAGGUCGAAGUAGGUCUCCUUCACCUUUAACUUUAGUACAACCAGUUUCCAACAAGCCUUUUUCAAGUAAGCCAGUCCAUCUAUGGACGAAGCACGAUGUAGCAGACUGGCUGGAAAGCCUCAAUCUUGGAGAGCAUAAAGACACCUUUAUGGAUAACGAAAUUGAUGGAACCCACCUGCCAAACCUACAAAAGGAGGACUUGAUAGAUCUCGGCGUGACUAGAGUUGGACAUCGAAUGAACAUAGAGCGAGCAUUAAAACUUCUACUAGACAGAUAAGAAAGGGUGAUUCUUAUCUACAGGACUCCAGGCUUCAAAGUUCAUCCAUCUUUCAACUGACAUCAAGCGUGUAAUUAGAUUCACAUCAGCUAUUACUGGAGUGUAGGAAUUAUCAUAUCCUUAAGAACUGCAAUUUGAAAUAAUUGUACAGUUCAUUAAUAAGCACAAUAAUUCUGAUGAAAGCGUUGCGGCGGGUACACUGAGCAGCCUUCCAUCACUGCAGAGGCAAGCAGAAGAAACAAGUGAGAUUCCUUUUUUUGUGAUUUAAUAGAGACUAUUGCUUUGAAAUAUCAAAAAACAGCUUUUUAAUCAACCUCAUUUGGAAGCACCCAAACCAGCAGAGCUGUGUUACAUUUUCUAUCUUUGCUAGUAUUUGUUCAAACUAUGAAUAUUUCUUCAGAAUAAAGGGGGUUAUAUUAAAACAAUGCAUCAGCUGUUCAGAAAAUUGUCUCACUCCGCACAUAUCUCUCUCUGGAAAGAAGAUCAAGCUAAAACGUCCACUUAGGUCUUUUCAUUCUUAGUGCACAUAAAAGUUCCCAGCAUUGGUGUUUUACUUGAAAAGAGAAUUUACGAAAAAGUCACCCUCCACGAUGUUGCACCUAUGUCACCGUUUUAGGGGCACAACUGUAGCAGUUAACCUCUCCUCUUUCUCUAUUCUCUCUCUCUGUCUCUCUCCUUUCCUUCUUUGAUUCGGGGGACGUUCUGUUCUGAUUAAUAGAUCCUUUCAGUUUUGUUUUGUUUUCUAUUUCUCUCUUUCUUUUCAGUCUCUGAAAAGUGUAAAAUGUAAAUGAACCAUUAUUGUCUUCCAUAAAUGUGCAGGUGAAUGAAAGCAUAGUGAAUUCUGAGAGCCGACUUUGAUUUUUUGAUCUCAUCGGUCAGAUUCUAAUGAUGUGCCACUAACGGUUUAAAAUAUCGUUCCACUUUUACGAUUUACGCACCGGUAGAGUAUAUAAUGCUUUGGAAUUCUGACCUGUGCAACUUCUCCAAUGAAUAUUUUCUUUUUUAGUUCACGGGAGCUGCAGUACUCCUCUUCUAAAUGUCCAUUUCUUUCCAUUCAGUGUUGAGAUGUGUGAUGGCAAGCAUUUUCCGAAGGUUCGGUUGAGGUCAGUACGUCUUGGAAGCGUAAGGCAAGCAGCAGCCAUGCUGUCUCUCACGGUACUCCACUUGACUUUGAGAUUUGGGCUACUUUUGAAAUAUUAACGCCGAGGGGUUUCGCUCUCACCUGGCAGGACCUCAGAGGUGUGUACCGUUCUGACAUGUGCAUUGCUGCUGUUUGAGGCUGAGUCCCCGGUGUUCGAUUAACGCAGUCCGUAUACAGAGCAGCGGUGUCCCAUUUACGUUUUGUCAGUGUUACGUUAACCCUAUAACUGUUAACGCAAAGUGCCUCCAGGACGAUGCAAACUGGUGGACUUCUUUGUAGCUUAGCUUGCCUGUGCUUAAGUUGGUGGUUGCCACUCCUUUGGCGGUUCUCUUGCCGAAUGCUCCAUGCUCAGUUUUCCUCUUUGCCUCCACUUGAGAAAUGCGAAGCUGAAUUUGAGCAGCUACUUGUGCUCUGAGGGCAGCAAUCUUGUGCUUGCAUCACGUGUGUCUCUUUUUCCUUAGCAAAGGCAUAUAUAUAUCCAUGCCUCGCCAGCAGGUUUGACAGAGGGGGUCUGGAGAACUUGAAGAGCACAUUUUCUUAAAAGGGUGGUGCUGUUGAUGCUUUGUACUAAUCCUGCCCCGUCCACGGUGAAAUCUGAAACACAAUCACACUGACUGACCUUUAAAGGUUUGAAGAGUGUGUGGCAAAAUAAUACUCGGCUCUACAGCAUGACGCAGUGUGGUGAAAGUACACAGAACAUCGACUGGCAGGGUUACCCGUUCCAGAGAACUGCUAGUCCCUUAGCAAUUCUG